AGAAACAUGAAGUGGCUUGGGAUCCUCAGGCUGGUGGCCCUCUCAGAGUGCCUAGUCAUAAUCCCUCUAACGAAGAUCAAGACCAUGCGUGAAACCCUCAGAGUAAAAAACCUGCAGACAAAUUUUCUUCAGAAGAACAUGAACAGCAGCUCCCAGAAUGCCACUGAUGACCCGAAUAUCACUCUUCUACCCCUGAGGAACUGCCUGGAUGUGGUCUAUGCUGGCAACAUCACCAUUGGAACACCCCCUCAGGAGUUCAGGGUCGUAUUUGACACCAGCACAGCUUACACUUGGGUGCCCUCCAUCCAGUGCUCAAGUCCCUCCUGCCGUACACACAAUCACUUCAACCCUCAUUUGUCCACCACCUUCCAGCUCAUAGGCCAGACCUUCAACAUCAACUAUGGCGUUGGGAGGAUUGUUGGAUUUUUUGGCUUUGACACUGUUCGGAUCAUGAACCUUGUCAACACGCACCAAGAAUUUGGGCUGUUCGUAAAAGAGAUUGGGUUCAGUAAUUCAAUCUCUGAUGGUGUCCUGGGCCUGGGCUACCCCAGCCUCGCCCCCAAAGGGAUCACCCCUGUCUUUGACAAGCUGAAGACACGAGGCCUCAUUUCUCAGCCGGUCUUUGCCUUCUACUUGAGCACCCAGAAGGAGAAUGGCAGUGUGGUGAUGUUUGGCGGGGUGGACCACAGCUACCACAAAGGAGAGCUCAAGUGGAUACCAGUGUCCCGAACCCACUUCUGGCAGAUAACCAUGACCAGCAUCACCAUGAACAGGAUGGCUGUUGGUUGUUACCAUGGAUGCCAGGCAAUUCUGGAUACCGGGACCGUGUUGCUGCAUGGCCCAACUACACCAUUAAUUGGCAUCCAUAACCUCAUCAACGCCAGGCGUUUUUUUGAACAGCAUGUGGUUAAAUGUGACAGCAUUAGACAACUGCCUACAAUCAUCUUCACCAUCAAUGGCAAUGGCUAUCCAGUGCCCGCUGAAGCCUACAUCUAUAAGGAGGAGAACACUGAUGACACAUCCCAGAAUGCCGCUGAUGAUCUGAAAAUGUAUCUUCAAACUUUGAGGAACCAGCUGGAUGAAAUGAAUCCACGCACCAAUAUUAGGUCUCUGCCUAGUAUCAUCUCCACCAUGAAGGCAACCACUGCCAAGUGCCCACUUGAGCUUACAUCUGGAAGGGGAAGAACCAAGCCUGGUGACUGGUUCUCAAAUCUGGAUAUUGCCUAAAUCCUUGAGCUGCUGAUGGAUGAGGGGGUCUUCUGCAGGCCAAGCUACACCACUGCAGAUGCUGCUGAGCCCAUGGGCCUCAGCCAGUGCCUCCCACAAAACCAAGCACAUGAGAGUAAAGGGCAGUGUGUGACAUCCAUCAUCCUGGAAUAAAUGGAGACACCACCCUGUGCUGACAUGGUGCGAGGCACAAGGAGAAGGGAACACAAAGGACCUCUGCCCUCAAAGAGCUUUAGUUCCACCAGAGCCCUCAGAUGGAUGAAUAUGGAAAGUCAGCCCUAGCAAUCCCUGACAUAGGGAAUGUGACAAUUGGGGUUGGCUGGGGUCACUCUCAGCGUGUUGUCCCACCAUAAUGAUUAGCAGUCUCCCUUCCUAUCUUGGGAGUGUCCUGGUUGGAUGAUCAAUUACAUGGUUCCCAUAGUCCUUACCUGCAACUUCCCCUUGCUGAGCUCCAGUUCCCAAUCUGUAAGUUGGUCUACAAGACUCCUGUGUGGGGAGGUUGGUGCUCACAUGUUUAAGGGGACACAGUGACUGCACAAACCUGGUGUAGCAUUGAGGCUUAAGAUCAGCUCCCUGUGGGAGUUCAGAGGAGACUGUUGGGCUCAAAGAGGGCUUUGAGGAAGACAGGGAAUUCCAGUAAUUUGAAACCUCCAGCUUCAUAGAGCCAUGAGGAGGCCUCCUUGGGUUGAGGCAAAUCUACACUGAACUCCAUGCAAAUGGCACCCUGGGGGGCUGUGCCAAGGAGUGCCAUGUUCAGAUUAGGGGUGAUGAGCAUCACAGAUAGGGGGACCACCUUGGUAAAUGACCCGAUCCAGCCUGGAGUGGCCAGGGAGGCUGUGCACAGGUCCAGUAAGUCUUCUGAGAGGGCCUGAACACUGUCUUAAAGAACAGGAUGUGGGGAAAGGGAGAAGAAAGGGCAUUCUCUGCAGAGAAAACAGCGACCAUAGAUCAAAAGGAGAGAAACAGGGGAACUUCGAGCCAUUCUUGUUCAUUUUUCUUUUUUAGAUUGCUUUGAGGUAUAGUUGUUUUACAAUCUUGUGUUAAUUUCUGCUGUACAGCAAAGUGACUCAAUUAUGCAUAUAUAUAUAUAGACACACAUUCUCUUUCCUAUUCUUUUCCAUCAAAUUUUGUCACGGGUUAUUGAAUAUAGUUCCCUUUGCUAUACAGUACACCUUAUUUAUCCACUCUGCAUAUAGUAGUUUGCAUCUGCUAAUCCCAUGCUCCAAUCUUUCCCUCCCUGACCCCCUCCAUCAGGGCAACCACAUGUCUUGUUCUUGGAUGGAAACCUCAAUUCUACCAAUGCUGAAAGAGUCACUUGAUUCUUACUAAAUGAAGAAAUAAGGCCAAGAAGCCACUGGUUUAGCAUACUGGUGGGAGUGGCAGGUAAAGUCUCAGGCUGACUGGGGUAUAUAUCCACCUCCUCCAGAAUCUUCAGGACCACUGCCUCAGCAACUUUUGAGGGGGGAGACAGAACUGGAGAAGGUCAGAGAUUAGGAUCCUGGGUGAUGUUUUCUUUAGGCUGUAUAGCUCAGUUUAUGUUUGGGGAAACAACAGGAUUGGUCUGGCUCCCACUGUGUAAAUGCUGGGGCUGCUUCAGAAAUCAAUCAGACCAAUCCAAACACCCACUCUCUCACACAUAGAUCAGUCCUGCCCAGGGAUGAUGGUGGACUGUGUUAGGUGCUCU